AUGACUGCUUUGGCCAGCCAGAAACAGUCUACACAGCAGGUUGUCAAGUCGAAAAAGGAGUCCGCCGAGAAUCCCAAACCACCUCCUGUCCCCGAAUCUAAGCCUCACAAUCAGUCGCAGGUAAAGAAGAUGUCUCGACGCUCGAGCAAGCCUAUCAUCACCUGGUUCCAGCGCAAAUGGUCGGGCACCGUUCGUGCCAGGAGAGCUUCCGAGACGGACAGCAUACGAGCGCAGAGACUAGGCGCCCGCUCCCCAAAUGCGAAGGAGAAGCAGCGCAGAUCCUCUGUGCCUUUACCCCCAAUACUGACUGCUCCGAGGUUGAAGAGUAAAGGGGCUGGGAGUUCUAAGCGGAAUACCAUCUCGUUGAAUACUUUCGACGACCAAGCCAGCAACACUGACGGUCAUGCUGCCGAUUCAGACGAUGGACAGCGCUCUUCUCUCGCUCGAGACUCUACAUGGUCUCCGAUCAGCAACUACGAGGCAGACGAAGACGCCUCAGUGCGUCCCCUUCCACCCAGCUCGCCACCUUCACCCUCGCCGUCGCAGUCCACUUCCUCCUACCUCUCCGAUCCUCGUACAUUCCGGAGCAUGACCGCGAGCACCAAACCUACGACUGUCCUCAGCCUUGAUCUCACAGGUGGCAUGGCGCAUAUAGCGCAGGCGCCGCCAACGCCCACCAUACCGGGUCACCGGCUGCCGCUGCACAUCCGCACACACUCCACAGGACCCGGUUCAGGCGGUUCCAUUACAUUUUCUGCGAUACCGCCGUCGUCGCCCACGACGCCGUCGCGUCCAUCCUCGGGCGGUUCAGUGCCGCGUGGUGCACAUUUGUCUUUGCAGGCUCCACAGCAUACCACGCAUCAUCCGCGAAACAAUCCACGCCCAUCGUCUCCUCCGCAAGAUGACGCGUCAGUGUUGACCCUCGCGUCGUCCGCGUUUGCAAUGCCGAGUGCGCGGUAUGCCGCAGCGUUGGCGUUGUCGGGGCGCGCGUCGCUUGCAGACGACUCGAUCUCGCAUUUCAGCCACGCUGCGGGGCAUGGAGAUUCGACGAGUCACUUCCUUCUCGGAGAGAUGGAUGAUGAGCGCGAACGUUACCAGGACCCGGACCAGGACGUCGAUGCCAGUGUGCGUGCGCUAAGGCCGCGUAGCUCUAGGAGAGGCAGUUGGGAGAGCGAGGCGAGCGGAUGGAGUGCCAGUGCCAGUCUAGCUUUGACCGGUACCGCAGGAGGUCAGAGCCAGGGAGGCACGAGAAGCUUGUGGACGGCCGGGAGUUACAGGACCGGAGGAGUUAGUGUAUACAAUGAGGAUAGAGAGGACGAGGAGCCGAGUGAAGAUAACCACACGCACGAAAACGGGAAGUAUUCCUCGGAGGAUACGUCUACUUCGCUGUCGCCGUCUGUCGCUGCCGAAAAUACUUCGUCGACGGCCACAUCCUCGUCGAAAGCAGAAGAUCUUCGGACACCGCCCGUCACUGUACCGGAAUCGGAUGCAGAGGCUGAUAGCCCUAUGGCGCCUUCGUUUGAAUCCCAAGUUGAUGGGUCGUUGACUUCCCACCGGAGUGUGAUGGAGACUCCAAAGCUCGCUUCGGUACCUCUCGAAGGAUCGGUCGUGGAGUCCAGUCUUUUGACGACUCCGGCAGGUGAAACUGGAGACACAACUACAACAGCUGAACGGAAGUAA